AUGUCUCUGCGGCCAAACCUACGAACCGCCUGUCGAGCACUCGCGCUGCGCUCCCGACCCCUGCCCCCCCGACAGGAACCACUGGUUUGGGCCGCGACAAAACGAGGAUACUCUGAUGAGCUGCGAAAAGCGGAACGGAGCCAGAUCCCGACGCUGAAGGCAACCGAGAAUGCGGCCUUCCCUCAUGGCCAGGAGGUCCCUGAUUCUGCGCCGGGACAAAAGCAGCCGACAAACGAGGCCAUCGAAGCUGCUGCAGCACUGAGUGAGCUAGCCGAGGCGGCAAAGGGGCAGGGUUCCGGUAUCGAGGGCGGCCUGACAGAGGCCCAGGAGCAGACGCUGUACGCCGAGGGCGCCAUCCCGCCCACGCAGUCGAACGGCGACGGCCUCCGCGACCUCGAAAUCCUGGCCAGCGGUGGAAUUAUCGCACAGGUUGGGGACGCGGAGGUCGCUACAUCACAGCCUCGGACGUACAAGUUCCCCCUUCCUACGCUCCCUCUGCCGCCCCACAGCCACCUCAAGUCUCGCUACCACCCGGUGCUAGACCAAUUGACGAACCUGAUGAUGCGAGAUGGCAAGAAGGCCCAGGCGCAAAGAAAUAUGGCCAUGGUCCUCAACUUCCUGCGAACCUCUCCUCCCCCGAUCGUCAACCCGCGAUACCCGCUCCUCCCCGGCGCCCCGCCGCCGGCGCAUCUUCCUCUGAAUCCCGUGCUAUACCUCACACUGGCCGUGGACUCGGUGGCGCCGCUCAUCAAGAUCCGCCGCAUCGCGGGCGGAGCCGGUGGUGGUAGGCCCCUGGAACUCCCGGCCCCUCUGGCCGUCCGCCAGAGGCGGCGCGCGGCGUUCCAGUGGAUCCUGGACGUGGUCAACAAGAAGUCGUCCAAGGGGUCCGGCCGGACGCAGUUUGCGCACCGUGUGGCAGACGAGCUCAUUGCCGUCGCCGAGGGCAGGUCAUCCGUAUGGGAGAAGCGACUGGCCAUGCACAAGCUGGGUACGACGACGCGUGCCAACUUGAAUGUCAGGGUCGUCAAGCAGCAUUGA